GCAUAGCUCACCAGCUAACACAUCAAACAUUUGCAGAAACGAGAUAGAGAGUGUUUUUUGUAAAAGAUCACCAAUAUGAGAGGGGUUGCCUUAUUUUUGUCGGUGCUAUUGUGCGCCACUUGCCACUCUGCCCUGUCCCUCAUCGAUGGUUAUUUGGAGAAUGGGAAUUUUGAGGAGGGCCCUAAGCCCUCAGACAUCAGGGGCACAGAAGUGAUAGGGCGCUAUGCCAUACCAAAAUGGGAAAUUUCUGGGUUUGUUGAGUACAUUAAGUCAGGCCAGAAGCAAGGGGACAUGUUGCUGGUUGUGCCUGAUGGAGCCUAUGCAGUUAGGCUUGGAAAUGAGGCCUCAAUUAAGCAGAGGAUCAAAGUGACCAAGGGCAUAUACUAUUCUAUCACUUUUAGUGCAGCCAGGACCUGUGCUCAAGAGGAGCGUUUGAACAUCUCUGUGGCACCAGACUCUGGGGUGCUGCCAAUUCAGACAGUGUAUAGCAGCAAUGGCUGGGAUUCUUAUGCCUGGGCAUUUCAAGCUGACUAUGAGCAAAUUGAGCUUGUUCUGCAUAACCCUGGUGUCGAGGAGGAUCCCGCUUGCGGCCCUCUCAUCGAUUCGAUUGCCAUUCGAACUCUGUACCCUCCUCGAGCAACCAACAAGAAUUUGUUGAAAAAUGCCGGUUUCGAAGAAGGGCCAUACAUGUUCCCAAACGCAUCCUGGGGAGUCCUAAUCCCACCAAACAUAGAAGACGACCACUCUCCAUUACCAGGCUGGAUGGUGGAGUCUCUGAAGGCAGUGAAGUACAUAGACUCAAACCAUUUCUCAGUGCCAGAGGGCAAAAGAGCAGUUGAGCUUGUAGCAGGAAAAGAAAGCGCCAUAGCCCAAGUUGCCAGAACCAUCCCCGGCAAGACCUACGUGCUCUCAUUCUCCGUGGGAGACGCAAGCAACUCCUGUGAGGGCUCCAUGAUCGUGGAGGCAUUUGCAGGCAGAGACACAGUCAAAGUGCCCUACGAGUCCAAGGGCAAAGGAGGGUUCAAGAGAGCCGUACUCAAAUUUGUGGCUGUUUCUACAAGGACACGUGUCAUGUUCCUGAGCACGUAUUACACCAUGAGGAGCGAUGACUUCUCUUCUCUGUGUGGACCUGUGCUUGAUGAUGUGAAGCUGUUGAGCCUCAAAAACCCUAGACAAUGAGGACCCAGAAAUUAAGUGGUGAUGGAAAUUGGGUUGGAGGGUUUUGAGAUUUUAUAUGAAUUAAAUGUGAGGGAGUGAUGAGGCCAUAUAUGAUAUACAAUGAGGUCCUUUAAUUUGGGUUGUAUGAAUGAACCAAUUUGGUUCAUGGUUAUGAGUGCUUUUGUUUGUAAGAGAAGCUAGAGGCAGCGACUAGUGUGAGUUUAAUUAGCAUAAUCCAAAAAUAAGGAUAUUCAUAAAUAUAUGCAUUUAUACUAAUGGGAA